CCACAAACAUCCGAUUAGAGUAGCAACAAUAGAGAUCAAACGUAACUCACAAAAUGUUCUCGUUUCUCAUCCCAGUUGUACAGCUUUUUCAGGUGGUUAUCGCUGGCGCAGCAUCUGUAGUCUUCUUACUGUUCGCCGGUAUAACCUUCGGUGCCUCAAUUGUGGGACUAACCAUAGCCACACCGCUUUUUGUCAUCUUCAGUCCGAUUCUCGUACCAGCCACUAUAGCCACUACUCUCGUAGUCGGAGGGGCUACGGCUACGGUUGCCCUCGGAGUGACGGCAUUUGCUCUCAUAUUUUGGCUCUUUAAACAUAGGAUUGGAGUAAAACCGAAGAACAAUCCAGCUCCGAAAGGAGCCCCAACCAAAGCAGAUCAACCGGGGGCGUCGGGAGGAGCGUCUGGAGAUAAAUCGGGAGAAAUGUCAGGAGCGGGAGGAGCGUCAGGAGAUAAACCAGAAGGAGCGUCUGGAGAUAAACCGGGAGGAAUGUCAGGAGCGGGAGGAGCGUCAGGAGAUAAGUCUGGAGGAGCGCCUGGAGAUAAACCGGGAGGAAUGUCAGGAGAUAAACCGGGAGGAACGUCGGGAGGAGGACCUGGAGGGGCUUCGGGAGGAGCGCCUGGAGGAGCGUCGGGAGGAGGGCAUGGAGGAGCAUCGGGAGGAGCGCCUGGAGAUAAACUUGGAGGAGCACCGGGAGAUAAACCCGGGGGAGCAUCGGGAGAUAAACCGGGGGAAACGCCAGGACAUAAACCGGCGGGAGCGCGAGGAGUCUUCUUAGGCUUCGCAUGUGUAACCCUCGCUGGUUCUGCCGUGGCAUUAGCCGUAAGCACACCGGUUUUCAUCAUAUUCAGUCCCGUUCUCGUACCAGCUACGAUAGCCACGGUUGUCUUGACGACAGGGUUCACGGCCGGUGGCUCCUUUGGAGCGACGGCCCUUGGUCUCAUCUUGUGGCUUAUUAAACGUAGGAUCGGAGUUAAGGCGAAGGAUAAUCCACCUCCGGCAGGACUUCCACCGAAUUCGGGAGCGGAAGGAGGAGCCCAAAGUCUGAUCAAAAAGUCAAAGUCUAAAGGUGGGCUUAAGCUGCCAGCAUGGUGUAAGAAGAUGUUAGGAGGAGGUAUGUCCGGAGGUGGAGGAGGUAAAUCCAAAAAGGGAGGAGGUAAACGUGGAGGUCUUCGAGAUAAAUUGGGAAAGAAAGGAGGUAUGUCCGGAGGUGGCGGAGGCAUGUCAGGAAGUGAAGGAGCUAUGUCUGGAAGUGAAGGAGGUAUGUCCGGAGGUAAAUCCAAAAGUAGAGGAGGUAAACUCGGAGGUCUUCGAGGUAAAUACGGAAAGAAAGGUGGUAAGUCCGGCGGUGGAGGAGGCAUGUCAGGAAGUGAAGGAGGUAUGUCUGGAAGUGAAGGAGGUAUGUCCGAAGGAGGUAUGUCCGGAGGAGGUAUGUCUGGAGGAGGUAUGUCCGGAGGUGGAGGAGGAAUGUCCGGAGGUGGAGGAGGAAAACACAGUGGAAAAGGUAAACACGGAGGUCGUGGAGGUAAAUUUGGAAAGAAAGGAGGCAUGUCCGAAGGUGGAGGAGGCAUGUCAGGAAGUGAAGGAGGUAUGUCUGGAAGUGAAGGAGGUUCAGCCACGGCAUUAACCGUAACCACACCGCUUUUUAUCAUAUUCAGUCCGAUUCUUGUACCAGCCACGAUAGCCACUGCUGUCAUAACCACAGGAUUUACCACUGGUGGCGCACUCGGAGCGAUGGCCGUUGCUCUCAUCAGACGUAGGAUGGGAGUAAAGCCGAGUGCGGAAGGAACUUCGUCAGCCCAACCUCUGCUCAAAUUGCCAGUUUAUGGUGGAUAUGGAGGAUUUUGGGGAGGGAAGAAAUUUUCUGGAACAUUCGGAAAUAAACCAGGGGGUGGAAAUCCAUUUGGAGACAUCUCAAAAUGGUUCGGACCAGGGGCCGCAGGUGGAGGUGCACCUGGAGGGGGCGGAAAUCCGUUUGCAAACAUCUCAAAAUGGUUCGGACCAGGGGCCGCAGGUGGAGGUGCACCUGCCGCUGAAGCUGCACCAGCCGCUGAAGCUGCGCCUGCCGCUGGAGCUGCGCCUGCCGCUGGAGCUGCGCCUGCCGCUGGUGGAAUGUCGGAGGUUUUUCAGGUGGUUAUUGCUGCCGUGGUCUCUAUAGUCUUCUUAGUGUUAGCGGGUCUAACACUGGCAGGUUCAGCCACGGCAUUAACCAUAACCACACCGCUUUUUAUCAUACUCAGUCCUAUUCUUGUACCAGCCACGAUAGCCACUGCUGUCAUAACUACAGGAUUCACCGCCGGUGGCGCACUCGGAACGAUGGCCGUUGCUAGUCUCAUCAGGAGAUUUGGGGGAAGAUUUGGAGGGGGCCAAAAUCCGUUUGGAAAUAUCUCAAAAUGGUUAGGACCAGGGGCCGCAGGUGGAGGUUUACCUGGAGGACUUGGAGGACUUGGAGGGGGAGGUUUACCUGGAGGACUUGGAGGCCUUGGAGGUGGAGGUUUACCUGGAGGACUUGGAGGCCUUGGAGGGGGCGGAAAUCCGUUUGGAAACAUCUCAAAAUGGCUCGGACCAGGGGCUGCAGGGGCCGCAGGUGGAGAUGCACCUGCCGCUGAAACUGCACCUGCCGCUGGAGCUGCACCAGCCGCUGGAGCUGAACCGGCUGCUGGUGGAAGUACACCACCCACAUGGUAAAGGAAAUAAGUCAAGUUGUUCCAACAUGUAGCAGAUAUAUAUUGUGUCUUGUGCAUUGAUUCAUAAGGAAACAAAAGCUUUUUAAAACGUUUUAUGUUCAUAUGUAAUCUCAAAGCUGAUUAUACUGAAAUAAAGAAACACAUGGACU